AUGGCACAGGAGGAGAAAGGGACUGAAGCUUUGCUCAAGUCAUCAGAUCCUGCAUUCAAACCCCAAAAGAAAUGUCCUGCAGCUCUGGGCUACAAGAUGGAGCAGGCUUUAAUUUCUGAAUAUUUCCCUCAGGUCAUAUAUUCAGGAGGAUUUAAGCCCGAGUGUCUUAGCUUUGCCUUCUAUAACCCUAAUUAUUCCAAUUCCUACAAUCCAUUUUACACUUUACAAAAACCAACCUGUGGCUAUCGGUAUUGUCGAGACACUGACCACCGAAGGAAAGUCAUGGAUAUCGAGAGAGAUGGAUACAUUGAUUUUAUGGAGUAUGUGGCAGCUCUAAGCUUGGUUCUGAAAGGGAAAGUGGAACAGAAAUUGAAGUGGUACUUCAAGCUGUAUGAUGUCGAUGGGAAUGGCUGUAUUGACAGAGAUGAGUUGUUAAACAUCAUUAAGGCCAUUCGCACCAUUAACCCAUGUCAAGAAGUCAUGUCAGCUGAGGAAUUCACAGAUAUGGUGUUCAAUAAAAUUGAUGUAAAUGGAGAUGGUGAUUUGUCUCUUGAAGAAUUUAUAGAUGGAGUACAGAAAGAUGAAGUUCUACUUGACAUACUCACCCGUAGUUUAGACCUGAAACAUAUCUUUGAUAAGAUCCAGAAUGAUGGAAAGAACCCAGAAACAACUGGAGAACCCACAAAAAAUGAAUAG